CAGCAGCAGCAGCAGCGGAAGAAGAGGAGGAGGCAGAGAGCAUCCUCCUCAGCAGCAUCCCUCGGAGCAUCCUCUCUCCACCACGUCCUUGGGUACCACAAGAGGGCCAUUUCUGUGCCGAUCCACUUCUCUGAGACUUUGGCUUCCCCAACGGAGACUGGAAACGGAUGGGGGUUGUGGUUCGGGGCCCUCAAAGAAGAGAUCCUUCGCUAUCCCUAAGCCCCUGUUAGCUUAGAAGUGGGGUGGCUGGGAGACCCUCUGAAACAAGCGAGAAGCUCCCCGGCGGAGAAGGCUUCCUUCCACAUCCAGACGUCGCUCAACAGUGCACCAUGGACGAAGGCUUCAAAGACCGGACCGCCUUUAUCCGCGGGGCGAAGGACAUCGCCAAAGAGGUGAAGAAGCACGCCACCAAGAAAGUGGGCAAAGGCGUGGACCGGAUGCAGGACGAGUACACCAAGCGGUCCUACACUCGCUUCGAGGAGGAGGAUGAUGACGACGACUACCAACCCCAGGACGGAUACUACCGCGGAGAGCCCUCGGUUGACGACGAAGGCGCCUCCAGCGACGCCACCGAAGGCCACGACGAGGAUGACGAGAUCUACGAGGGCGAGUACCAAGGCAUUCCCCGCAACGACUCCCUGAAAGGCGGGGAGCCCUUGACGGCCAACCAAGAGGCGGUGAGCGAGUUCAGGGACUUUGCGGACCUGGAAGGGGAGAAGAAGAAGGAGAAGGAGGAGCUGGCCCAGCAGUACGAGCUCAUCCUGCAGGAGUGCGGCCACGGGCGCUUCCAAUGGACGCUCUACUUCGUGUUGGGUCUGGCCCUCAUGGCCGACGGGGUGGAGAUCUUCGUUGUGGGCUUCGUCCUGCCCAGCGCCGAGAAGGACAUGUGCCUGUCCGACUCCAACAAAGGCAUGCUGGGUCUCAUCGUCUACCUGGGGAUGAUGGUCGGCGCUUUCUUUUGGGGCAGCCUGGCGGACCGGCUGGGGCGGCGGCAGUGCCUGCUGAUGGCCCUCUCCGUGAACAGCGUCUUCGCCUUCUUCUCCUCCUUCGUCCAGGGAUACGGCACUUUCCUCUUCUGCCGCCUCCUCUCCGGCGUCGGCAUCGGGGGCUCGAUCCCCAUCGUCUUCUCCUACUAUUCGGAGUUCCUGGCGCAAGAGAAGCGGGGAGAGCAUCUCAGCUGGCUCUGCAUGUUCUGGAUGAUCGGUGGCAUCUACGCCUCGGCCAUGGCUUGGGCCAUCAUCCCCCAUUACGGAUGGAGCUUCCAAAUGGGUUCCGCUUACCAGUUCCACAGCUGGCGCGUCUUCGUCUUGGUUUGCGCUUUCCCGUCCGUCUUCGCCAUCGGCGCCCUCACCACCAUGCCGGAGAGCCCACGCUUCUUCCUGGAGAACGGGAAGCACGACGAGGCUUGGAUGGUGCUGAAGCAAGUCCAUGACACCAACAUGCGGGCCAAGGGACACCCCGAACGGGUCUUCUCGGUGACCCAUAUCAAGACCAUCAAACAGGAGGACGAACUGGUCGAGAUCCAAUCCGACACGGGGGCUUUGCACCGGCGCUGGAUGGUCCGUUGCUUGAACCUUUCGCAACAGGUCUGGGCCAACAUCCACCAAUGCUUUGCUCCCGAAUACCGCCGGGUGACGCUGAUGAUGAUGGCUGUGUGGUUCACCAUGUCUUUCAGCUACUACGGUUUGACUGUCUGGUUCCCCGACAUGAUCAAGCACCUCCAGAAUAUCGAGUACGCCUCCCGGACGAAGGUCUUCAUCAACGAGACGGUGCGCCACAUCACGUUCAACUUCACCUUGGAGAACCAGAUCCACAGCCGAGGGGAGUACUUCAAUGACAAGUUCAUCGGCCUCAAGAUGAAGUCCAUCUCCUUCAUCGACUCGCUGUUUGAGGAAUGUUAUUUCGAGGACGUCACGUCUAGCAAUACCUUCUUCAAGAACUGCACGUUCAUCUCCUCCGUCUUCUACAACACAGACCUCUUCGAGUACAAGUUCAUCAACAGCCGGAUCAUCAACAGCACCUUCCUCCACAACAAGGAGGGCUGUCAGCUGGACUUCAGCGAUGACAACAACGCCUACAUGAUCUACUUUGUCAGCUUCCUGGGCACCUUGGCAGUCCUCCCGGGGAACAUCGUCUCCGCCCUCCUGAUGGACAAGAUCGGGCGCCUACGGAUGCUGGCCGGCUCGAGCGUCAUGUCUUGCAUCAGCUGCUUCUUCUUGUCCUUUGGCAACAGCGAGUCGGCCAUGAUCGCCCUCCUGUGUCUCUUCGGCGGGGUCAGCAUCGCCUCCUGGAACGCGCUGGACGUCUUGACCGUGGAGCUCUAUCCCUCGGACCGGCGGACGACCGCCUUUGGGUUCCUCAACGCCUUAUGCAAGCUGGCCGCCGUCCUGGGCAUCAGCAUCUUCACGUCUUUCGUGGGCAUCACCAAAGCGGUGCCCAUCCUCUUGGCGUCGGCGGCGCUGGCCGUGGGCAGCUCUCUGGCCCUGAAACUGCCGGAGACGCGGGGGCAAGUUCUACAGUGAGAGAGAGAGAAAGAAAGAGAGAGAGAGGGAAAGAGAGAGAGAGAUUGAUUCACACUCGGGCCCUGUCCUGCCCUUGCCCCUUUCCCACUUUUGGGAGAGAUUUAGAGUCGUAGAGACACUGUGACCGUCGUCUUAAUGUCGUUCUCAUUUCAACAAAAGGGG